GUCUUGUGAUGGUAAAUUAAAUAUGUUUGAAUUCUGGGAAAUUGUGAUCGGCAUUUUUCACCAUUUUCUCACAUUUUAUAGAUCAAACAGCUAAGUGAGAAUGAAAAUAGGCUAAUCGUUAGUUGCAGCCCAUUUUGUUUCUUCCUGCUCUAUCAGCACUUAUCAGAUAUCUGCCAGCGUUUUCCUUGUCAGAGCACAGAGAGAUAGGCUACCACAGUACCCGAGGGUUGGGUUAAGUAGCUGUGGAUGUAACGAGUAACGAAUACUGAAUGACUGAGUCAAUCUUCUGGAGCUGCUCGGGUCUAAAAUAGAAACGGAGGCAGGCAGGCAGGCAGCGCCGCCCUCUGCAGCCCGCAGCAGCUCUACGUCAGGCAGCGGCUCACUCAGGGAAUUUAAACACAGAGCCGUCCACAACACAGACACACGCAUCUUUCUGCUCCAAGGUCACCGAGCCGGCAGCCUGCACAGGACACACACACACCUUCAUUCCCCAAAGUGAGUAGUCAGCGUUGAGGUGGGCCAGUGAUGCCGCCCCCAGCCACAAGUCCCCCUGCCGCGCCCCCACCAGACGGCGGUUGGGGUUGGGCUGUGGUGUUAGCAUCUUUCAUCUCCAUAGGCUUCUCAUACGCAUUUCCCAAGGCCAUCACGGUCUUCUUCAAAGACAUCCAGGUCAUCUUCGAUGCCUCCUACAGUCAGAUCGCAUGGAUCUCCUCCAUCAUGCUUGCAGUCAUGUAUGCUGCAGGUCCCAUCAGCAGUAUACUGGUCAACACAUACGGCUGCAGGCCCAUCGUCAUGAUGGGGGGCUGCCUCUGUGCCACUGGCAUGAUCUUAGCUUCCUUCUGCACCAGCGUGGUGCAGCUUUACAUCUGCAUAGGAGUUAUUGGUGGACUUGGACUAGCCUUCAACCUGCAGCCAGCGCUGACUAUGAUAGGCAGAUACUUCUAUAAAAAGCGUCCCAUUGCUAACGGGCUGGCGAUGGCAGGCAGCCCGGUGUUCCUCAGCACCCUGGCUCCUCUCAACCAGUACCUCUUCAACCAGUUCGGCUGGAGAGGCAGCUUCCUCAUCCUGGGUGGCCUGCUACUGAACUGCUGUGUGGCUGGGUCCCUCAUGAGGCCUCUGGGACCACCACCCAGCAAAAUCAAGAAGGACGAAGAGUUAGCCGCCAUUGCCACCACAACAAAAGAGAAGUUCACUGCCUGGCAAACGGUCAACAAGUACCUGGACUUGACACUCUUCAAGCAUCGUGGCUUCCUCAUUUACCUGUCAGGCAAUGUCAUCAUGUUCCUGGGCUUCUUUGCACCUAUUGUCUUCCUUGCAGCCUACGCUAAGGACAUGGGCGUGGAUGAGUACUCGGCUGCCUUCCUGCUCUCAGUUCUGGCUUUUGUCGACAUGUUUGCCAGGCCGUCCAUGGGGCUACUGGCCAACUCGCGCUGGGUCCGGCCCAAGAUCCAGUACUUUUUCAGCUUUGCUGUGCUGUACAAUGGGGUGUGCCACAUCCUCUGCCCACUGGUGGAAAGCUAUACUGGUCUGGUGGUGUAUGCAAUGUUCUUCGGCUUUGCCUUUGGCAUGGUCAGCUCAGUGCUGUUUGAAACACUGAUGGAUCUGGUUGGACCUCAGAGGUUCUCCAGUGCUGUGGGACUCACCACCAUUGUGGAGUGCUGCCCGGUCCUCAUUGGUCCACCUCUAGCAGGGAAACUGGUCGAUGUCACAAAAAACUACAAGUACAUGUAUUUUUGCUGUGGAGGUGUCGUGAUUUUGGCAAGUAUUUGGCUCUUCAUUGGAAACUUCAUUAACUACAGACUCUUGGAGCAUGAGCGCAAGUGCGCAGAGAUGUACAAACGGACUGAGACGGAAGAUCCAGACCAAGUUCAGGAUCAGAAGGAGGCUGAUGGGAAAGCCCAGGCAUCGGAGGAGCUGGUCGACAAAAGUCAAAAAGAUGAGGAACCUAUGCAGCGGGAAACCAACAUCUAGAUCCUUCUGCUUUGCCAACAGCUCACUCUCACCUCUGUGGCAACCUCGCAACGCCCUCCACUACAAUCAAACUGAGCUCCAAGCCAAGAGGUGCCUCUCAGUAUUCCACCAGGCUCUAUUUGGGGUGCUCUGCACUUCUCUAAAACUAACUGCCAAAGCAACAACUGUGCUGUAGGAGGCUGUGAGGUGUUAUAUCUGUUUGUCAAAGAGCAUCAGCUAUGACUAUAACAGAAAUAUUUACUAUAAAGAAAAGUGUAAGAUACUGUAUGCAUGUGAAGAGGAAAAACGUUAGAAAAUGAAAUGGAAAAUGGUAUAACAGUGUAGUACUAACUUUUUUGCCACGUUCACCUCAUAUCGGAUUUACUGUAAAUAUAAGACUGCAGCUGGAGGAAAAGAACAUUCACGGCAGACACCUAGUGGCAGUUACAGUCAGGAUGUAGGAUUAUAGUAGGAAGUAUGUAGUAUGUAGGAACUCCAAAAUUGUGUCAACUGAGAGUUAACAAAGCAGCAAAUCCACAGAUGUUGGCAGACAAUUAGAAAAUGAAAGUUAAAUUCACAGUCAAACAAUUAACUCUGCUUAAGGAAAGUAGUAUCUGCUGCAGUUUGUUUAUGGUUGAUUUUAGUUAUCUUUGUUUGUUUCAAAAAGUUAAAAUAUUCCAAGUUGUAGCAACAAGCGUCAUUCCGUUCUUCCUACUGUGUCUUCCGAUAUGACGUGAAUGAAACAUCAGCGUGUUGCCACCAUUCCAACAGCACCAGCAAAUUGAAUUCUUGUUCAAAAUGAAAUCCAUCUUCUUCACAACACACUGAGUUCUUGGUAAACGAGGAAAGGUUAAAUUAACAAGAGGCAGCAGUGAAAGGAUUAGAAGGACCUCUCUGUGAGUGAAAGGUCACUGGUUUGAUGCUUAAAAUAGCCAGUGUCCAUUCUUGGUGAAGUUUUGAGCAAGACUGAUCCCUAACCGUGCGUUCACACCACGAGUAACUUAGUUUAUGUGCUGCUUUUUUAAAGAUUGUGGACAGUUAGAGGUUCUGAAUGUACCGACUGUACAGUCAGAUCAGACGGACUAAUUUGUUAGCAUAGAAAACAGCUUUAAGAGAUUGAAAUCAACUGCUCCUAUUUAAUGCUAAUGUUUGUGAAAUCAUGUCAAUAGGGAACAAAAAAGGAGCUGACUUGAUGGUGGCAGCUGUUGAGCCUAAAAAGUUUAGCUGAUUUUCUCCGGUUGGUCUGCUCUGUAGGAAGCAAAAACUCCUGAUGACUUGUUGAUGGUGUUGCUCGCGGUGCGAAUGCAGCGCUAGCAUUCCCAGUGCACUGGAAGUGGUUGAUCCAUCUGGUGAUAUGUGUCAAACAAGAACGCAAAAUCCUAAUUGCACUGUGUGUAAUAUGGCAAUUGGGUGCCCUAAAAUUCCCACUUCCAUAAAUAAAGAACAGAUGUGUUCACAGCUGGUGACGCUGGUGAACGUGUACUAUGCUGCCCGCCUGAGCACUGUAAUGUAGUAGUAGUAGUAGUAGUAGUAAAACCUGCACAAAUGUCCCACUUUAAUACUUUCGAUCAAGUCAUGAAAUGCUUCCUGUAAGUCGUCUAUUGUUCCAUAUUACACUCAUUUACAGUAUGCUGCUCUAAAAGAGAAAUAGCCAUACUUCACCCCAAACAUCUUUAUAAAACUGCUGCAAUUCAAUGAAUUUAGUUAUGGUUGAAUGUAAUUUCCUCUGUGGGCCUUAAUAAGGUAUUAAUGACCAAAAACCAUCUGCAUAAUAAUGGUUUUUCUACACAUAGAGCCCAUGAGCAAUAUAAUAUGUCAUAUUCUAAUGCAGAUAUACAGGGAAGUGUAUUUCUUGUGGUCAGUGUGACAGUCCAUUCUGUGAUACAUUGCCUUAAAUGUAAUGUAAUGAAUGCAGGGGAGUUGUACUAAUACGAAUACUAAUAGUGUUAUACGAAGCUGAUAAACCUUCAUGUUAAAUGUGACCCACUUUUUUUAUUAUUAUUUAUAUUUGAUUAAUUUAAAAACUCACAAGAAAUCAGUGUAAUCUGCUCCAUGUCUCCUAACACGUCUGUAUUGAAAUGUUAAAGCUAUGAGAUUAAGUAAUGUUGUUCUGUAUAGUCUCGCCAUUAACUCACGAAUCCACACCAGUAUGUUAAAACAUCUGAAGGAAUUCUAGUGAUAGUACUAAUUAAUGAAUGUUAAUCAAGUCUACCUGUAUUUUCAAUCGUAAUGUGUGCAAACAAAUGUACUGGAUGAACGUAUCGCGUAACAAUUUAAAUGUUGCUGUAAAUGUCAACAUUGUUCAAUAUUCUAUCCAUUCCUUGUGUUCAUUUUUGUAAAUGUCACCCUGCUGUGCUGUUGAUCAGUUUUCAUCUCUUUGGUCUCAAACGCUGACCAAAUGGUGUCCUGUCUCAGAUGUCCUAACAAAGCCAAACACAUUUUAAUAACAAAUGUAAUUUUUCAAAGCAAUCAUGAACAAAAACCAAUGUUGUUGUCCCAUUCAUGCUUUGAAAAGUGGAAUGCGUAUUCAGAAUCAUGAAAAUGGAUGUCCAGCUGUGUAGCAGUGGCUCUCCACCAACUGCGUCUUCACCUAAGACUCAUUACAACCAAACACUACGUCACUGUGAAACCCUGUCUGGUUUAUGGUGAAGUCGGAGGAAUCGGCUGUUGUUGUGUUUGGCUGGAUGAAGUCUGAGGUUAUCAGUGGAACACUGUUGAGAAUAUCUGCUAUGCCAUUUAUUGUAAAUAAGAUUUGAAAGAUUUGCACACUUCCGUUCUUAGUUUAACAAAGCACUUGACUCAUUGAGCUUGCUUUUGGACCAGGACUUGGCCUCACUUGUAUUUCCAUUUUGAGAUGAGCUCGUCUUGGUUUUGACUGCAGCCAUCCCAGUUUGACAUUACUUAACACACACAUUGUGCGUUGAGGUUAGCUGUCCUAAGAGUUAGCUUAGCUAUUCAGAUUCAGUCUCCCAUAAUGCAGUUAGUUCACCAGCGUUUCAUGCUGAUAUUAGAUGGUAUUUUUAUAUUACCAUGUCUGUACCUUCCUUAUAGCUUUUGUUAAUGAAUAACAUUAAUACCUUAUGAAUGUUAACGUAUCCUGCUCGCACUUAUAAGUGGAAAGAGGGGCUACUUUCAUUCACUGACAUCAGACGUCACUAUGUUCAUUGUACAUGAUGACUCAAAAUGAGGGACAUAGACUGCUAUACAAUCACUUUCUACCAAAUAACACUGCCCCCUGCUGGUUCCAAACCAAACAGACCAAAAGGUAGAGCAAGCCAAGCUUCCCUGUCAACAGGAGAACACACAAGUACUUUUGGUAAUGCAAGUGCAACAGCACUUACUUAGAAGGAAAAAUCACUUAGUGCAUACAUGCUAUAUUAAAUCUGUGAUAAGGGCUCACAAGUAGAUAUUGUUUCAUUUUAAGGCAACAUAAGCGAAAAAAAGGUUGGGAAUGAGAACUGCUCAUUCAGAAGUCUCUAACAUUGUUCUCUGCUAAUAGGGCGGCUAGUCACGACAUAUUGUAAAUAACACAUGCUUGAAAUUUUAUGGUAUUCUCCUAUAUUGCAAAACCAUGUUAUUUGGUCAAAUUUAAGCAAUACAUUGCUUGGUAUUUUUAUUGUAAGAACAAAAGUUUUAAUGAUUUAAUCCAAAUAGAGAUAAUUGAUUGAAUUUGACACACACCGAUAGCCUUAUCAAUUAUGUUGCUAAACAUCUCAUAUAUUUUGUGUUCCUUUCUUUUUAUGUGUACAGGUUUAUUUUCAGGUUUGCUUUAAGACCAAAUUUAGCAGAGGUUGAAUUGAAAAUGAAUAUUAAAUACUUUCACCCCUGUAUUACUUCUGUAAGCACACAUAACUGUGUGUGUUUAAGUGUUCACUUUAGGAAAAGAGCUGGGCUGAAAUGUUUUUUAUUAACUAAUGUAUAGCUUGUUUUUUCCCCCUGAUUUGUGGAAUCAAUAUGCAGAAUUUAAAGACUUUAAGGUUUAUAAGAGACUGAACGAGAUGUCACUUAGUUUCCUAUUGGAUUACAUGCAGUAGUCAAUUAAAACUUGGCAACAUUUCAGUUUUUAGGGUUGAAUUGGAAAGAUCGUAGCAGCUAACAGUGUUUAGCUGAUAGAAAUGACAGCAGAUUGGAGUUUCAAACAUUCAUACAGAAAUUGGGUGAAUUAAUCAUUACAGGGCAGAGUCCUCGUGAAAUUAAUUUUAAUCAGGUGUUCUGAAUUUCAAGUUUGUUUUGACUCUAAAUUAGGUGCUCUGGACCUGAAUUCACUUUGAUGAAAUUGAGUGUAUUUAUUUAUAUCAGGAUUUUUUACAAUUUCAUUUUUUUCAAUUUUCACAUUCAAAACUCCAUUUUAAAACCCUGAUCUUUAAAUAAGCAAAUCUCUGCCCACUCAGCCAAUGGGAUCAUUCCUGCCUCCAUUAAGUGUUUUAUAACAAAAUUCCAGUCUGCAGAACUAAAACUAAACUUCUUGAACAAACUUUUUUUUGAGAUCUCUAUAUGCUGGUGUUGAUUGUAUACAAGGCGGUUUGCUACUGGGAGGCUGAAGGACUCUGGCUGUUAAGCUAACUGUGCCUUAUUGUGCUAUACUGACCAUUAUGAACAGCUUUUUGCGAACACAGUAAAAAUGGUAUUGUGUUGCUCAAACCACGACAUUCACCUGUAGGUUCGAUUUCUGUCCUUGCUCCUACUGUUUGUGUGUUUACAAAUCAUUGCAGUCUUUCAUUUUCUGUAAAUAAUCCACUUUUGUAGCUACUCAUCCAAAAUUCACUCCUGUCUGCGUCUUUACACCAUGCUAACACAUAUGAACAAAUAUGCUGUAACACCAGAUAGUCUAAAUAAAUUGUUUUGUCUUUGACAAUAUUUGCUAUAUAUUGUGUUCAUAGUCCUUUUCACACAUAGUGAAAGAUGCAAAUAUUUCUGUGUAUGAACACAUUUGAGGACAGUUGUGUUCACAUGUUUGGACCUCAGUACUGUAGUUUGUCUCAGCAGUGAACUCAGUCCAUAAAGUCCUUCCAGUAGCAGACGUACUGUGUGCUUUCUCAUCAGGGCAACUAUACUGUAUGGCAUUAAACCGUUUUUCAGAUUGUGUAAGUCUUUCCACUACCUCUGUAGCCGUCAUGUCAGAGUGAGGAAAAGUACCACACGGGUAUUGAAAACUGAUUUAUGUUUUUGUAAUUCUAACAGAAUGUUAUCACCUAUCACAGUAGCUAAAUAAAGUAUAUAUCCAAAUAA